AAAAAGAAAGUCAAAAGAUAAAUUAAUGCUUACAACUAUAACUUAUUAAAGAAGUUGUGGAUUACUUUGGGGGAACAGCAGGCGAUGGUUCCAUGGUGAAGGGGCAGCUAAUUAAUUUUAUGAGCAACUGGACUUUUCAAAAUAAACAAUAGCUGUUCUAUCUAUAAUAUUGUAAUUGAAGUAAUUCCUCCUUGCGUAAUACCACUUUUUAAUUAAUAUUAUAUAUUGCUAUCGUAUGAAAAACUUCGUUCACGGUGUUCAAAGAUUCAUGUAUAACGUUGUUUUUGUUUUAGGUGCGCCUGGUGCAGGAAAAGGUACACAGUGCCAAAAAAUAGCGGAUGAAUUUAAUUAUGUCCAUCUCUCCGCUGGUGAUCUCCUUAGAAAGGAAAGAAAUUCUGGAUCUAAAAAUGGUGAACUCAUAGAAUCUUAUAUAAAAGAAGGGAAGAUUGUUCCGGUGGACAUAACAAUUAAACUUAUUAGAGAGGCCAUGGGGAAAAGUGGUAAUAAAAACUUCUUAAUUGACGGCUUUCCAAGAAACAACGAUAACUUGAGAGGAUGGACUGAAUUAAUGAGUAAAGAGGCACAAAUUGAGUUUAUUUUGUUUUUUGAAUGUCCCGUGCAGGAAUGUCUAUCACGUGCGCUUUUGCGCGGGCAAACCAGCGGCCGCUCCGACGACAAUGAAGAGUCCUUUUCAAAAAGAGUUCAAACUUAUCUUGACUCCACCCGCCCUAUUAUUAAG